AUGUCUUCACCGCCUCGAGCUCGUCAAGAGGAAUCAAAAUUUCAAAUUACUUUACAGGAAUUAAAGGCCACCAAGGAGUUGGUUGAGCAAUUACUUAGGGAGAGGGAGGACAAUGAAAAAGAGUUAUUGGAUGUGCUAGAAAAGAAUAAGCUAUGUAAAAAAGAACUGUCUGAAUUGCAUUGUAAUUAUUUAAUAAUAACUGAGGAGAAAGAUAGAUUACAGUUAGUAAUAGAAGGGUUCGACCAAUGCAGAAGUGAGUAUGAGAAGGCCCUUAGGCUCAUUUCUGGAUUGGAACAGCAACUACAGGAGGCUAACGAUUGCAUAUAUAAACUGGAAUCUGAGCAAACAAAGGUUAUGGCCUCUCAGAACCAGAGUCUAUAUGAUGAGUUGCAAGGCUGCACUUUGGUGUCAGCAGUAGGAAGCGACCUGUCACUGCCCGGCAUAAUAAAGGUUAUGUUGGAGAUUGGUGGUGGCAUCCCUUUGCGAAGAAACUAUGUCGCAGAAGGUGGCCGUGAUGUGGAUUCGUGGUUCGCUCGCGCGGUAUCGAUCCACAGCAUGAGUGUUCGGUGGAGACACUACGCCAAUGCUAAGUUUCUAUAA